AGGAAUGGGCCGGCUCAACGGUUGUUGCGGGCGCUUUGCGACGGCUUCACGAUGAUCUCGGGGAUGGAUCGGAGCGGGAUCGGGUAAUUGCAUAACCCACUUUCUGAGCCUCAUCCCACCACCAAAGCUUGGAGCGACGUCAAGCUCACCCCAGGGCAAUGAGAAGCUCACACUGAGCCCGCAACGCACAAUGAACAGGACAUUGCUACGCCUGCGGUGUCGCAACCUGCAGCCCAAGGCGCACGCGGCAUUGCGCCGCGGCUUCGCUGACGUCAAGCGCCCGCCGUCGGCGCCCAAGCCCAUCGUCGACAUCAAGCACAUCCGCCAGAACCCGGAGCUGUACGAGCGCACCUGCAUCGAGCGCAACUACAAGCGACAGGCCCAGAACCCGGCGCUGAUUGUCGAGCUGCACGCAAAGUUCCAGGACCUGCAGCGCCAGGGCCGCACGCUGCGCGAGCGCUCCAACCUGCUGCGGCGCCAGCUCGCCAACCCGGCCACCAGCAGCGAUGACCAGGACCUCCAGGAGGUGCGGCUGAUGAGCCGCGAGCAGAUCCAGGACGAGGCCCGCCGGCUCAAGCAGGAGCUGUCGGUCAUCGAGAAGGGCGAGGCGCAGGCCGUCGCCCAGAUGGAGGAGCUGGCGCUGGAGAUCCCCAACCUCACCAGCGACGACACGCCGCGCGGCGACGAGCCGGAGCUGCUCACGUACAUCAACGACCCGCCCACCUUUCCCGAGUCGCCCGAGGACAAGAUCUGGCGCUCCCACGUCCACAUCGGCUCCGAGCUGGGCCUGUUCGACUUCGCCGGCGCCGCCACUGCGUCCGGCUGGGGCUGGUACUACCUCCUCGGCGAGGCCGCCCAGCUCGAGCAGGCCCUCGUGCAGUACGCCCUCGCCGUCACCACACGCUACGGCUGGACUCAGGUGUCGCCGCCCAGCAUGGUGUACAGCCACAUCGGCGCCGCGUGCGGGUUCCAGCCCCGGGAUGAGAGCGGCGACCAGCAGGUGUACACGAUUGCGCAGUCGGCCGCCGAUAUUGAUCGAGGCGUCCCCGAGAUGUGUCUGACCGGCACGUCUGAGAUUGCCCUCGCCGGGAUGAAGGCCAACACCAUCAUCGACUCGGAAGACCUGCCCCUCAAGCGAGUCGCCGUCUCGCGGUGCUAUCGCGCCGAGGCUGGAGCCCGCGGCGCCGACACCAAGGGCCUGUACCGCGUGCACGAGUUCACCAAGGUCGAGAUGUUCGCAUGGACGCCCCCGGAACAGGACACGGGCGUGGAGGUCCUCGACGAGAUGCUCGACAUGCAGACCGAGAUCCUCUCGUCGCUCGGCCUCUACUGCCGGGUGCUCGCCAUGCCCACGCACGACCUGGGCGCCUCGGCCACGCGCAAGGUCGACAUGGAAGCCCACUUCCCCUCGCGGCGCGAGGGCUGGGGCGAGGUGACGUCGGCCAGCCUGUGCACCGACUACCAGACGCGGCGGCUGGGCACGCGCACGCGCAUCGACGGCCGCCUGUCCUUCCCCUGGACGGCCAACGGCACGGCGCUCGCGGUGCCGCGCGUGCUGGCCGCGCUGCUGGAGAACGGCUGGGACGAGGAGAACAAGACGGUCGCGGUGCCCGAGUGCCUGCGGCCGUGGAUGGACGGCAAGGAGAAGAUUGGCCUGGGCAACCGCCGCUCGAGCGUGGACCGGGUAUGAGGGAAGGGAAACGAAGCGCUUACGACAAUGGACGAUGGGGAGCUUGACGAGCAGCGGGGGCGAAUGUGUACCAUCAUCGGGCUGUGUUAUGUACCGGUCAGGAGACGGCCGAGGUAUCACGGUGGAACUGUAUAUGUGAAGUGACUGGAUUUGAUAAUGGGCAAAGGAGGACAUGUAAAACCUCGCGGUACUGAAAAACUCUCCUGAAUGGGCUGGCUGGCUCUUUGCAUCUAGUUUGUAACCAAAGCAACAUCGCAAUGCAACCUCAUCUAAUAAACACACCACUGGUAUUAUCCCCACCUCUAUACAUCUCACCACAAGUCCACCACCCGUUCUUCCCAACCGGGCAUCUUGAACGCCAUCCCCGGGCUGCCUCGCAUCAUGUACCACCCGCUCAUCUUCUUCACCGCGCCCAACCAUCCCAACUCCCUGCGUCGCCACGCGCGUCCACUCGUCCCGUCCCCCCUGCGCUGCACCACGU